AUGCUUCUUCUUAUUAUCAUAGGAUUGAUAUACUAUGGAUGUUAUCGAUUAUAUCAACACUUUUUUCCAUCGCCUAAUAUCAAUCCACAUGGUUUAUAUGUAUUAAUCAAUGGUUGUAAUACAGAAUUGAGUCAUUUAUUAGCUAUUAAACUUGAUCAACAAGGUUUUAAUGUUUUUGCUGGUGUCCUCAUUUCUGAUAAUGUCGCUUUGCUCAAAAAUAAACUUUCAUCAAGAGCUACUGUAUUUCGUCUUGAUAUUACUAAAGAAGAAGAUAUUGAUGCUGCAUAUGAAUUAGUUAAAAACAAAACAGAAAUUCUUCAUGCACUUAUUAAUAAUACUGAAAUAAUUGCUGGUAGCUAUAUUGAUUGGACUUCAUUAGAAGUAAUGCGUAAAGUAAUGGAUGUGAAUUUUUUUGGACAUGUUGCAAUAACAAAAAAGUUUAUUCCUUUACUUGUUGCUAAACAGGAUUCACGUGUUGUAAAUUUAUCUUCUAUAUCUGGUAUUGUAAGUUUAAGAGGUACAGCUGCUUAUUCAGCAUCGAAAUAUGCUCUUGAAUCAUUUUCUGAUUGUCUUCGUCGUGAAAUGGCUCCAUGGAAUUUACGUGUUAGUAUAAUAGAACGGUUUACGAUAAGAACACGUUUUCUUGAAAAUCCAGAAGAUCAUAUAAGAAAAUUAUUAGAUGAACUUUCAAAUGAUGUUCAAGAACGAUGGGGAAUUAAUUUUUUACAGAAUAUAAUCAGACAAACAAACAAUCAGCCAUUAUUAUUCAAUUUUGAUGAUUCGACGAAAGUUAUACGAGUAAUUAAACAUGCUGUUAUGAAUACUAAUCCUCGUAUUCGUUAUCAACCUGAUUGGCAAUCAAAAUUAUUUGUUCGAUUUGUUCGCAUUUGUCCCGCCUAUUUCAUAGAUAAACUUCUAAAUUUAGAAGUCAAUUCGACACCAACUGGUGUCCAUAAUCAACAAAUGAACUAA